GAGCGGGCGCCGCUAUUGGCUAGGGACUUUCCAGGAGGCGUCAUCCUGAGAUCUGAUUGGCCGYGAGAAGCCAAGAAGGCGGGACUAUUUCACUGCGACUGUCAAGAUUGGCAAAGCUGCUGGCGCUGCUGCUGCUUGCAGGUAAAAAAAAAAAAAAAAACGGAGCAAACGACAGGAAAAAAAUACAGAAACAUUCAUCCUGGCAGCAAGCGAGGACUGCAAUGGAAACGUGGAAGCUUUUUCCCUGCCGCGAAACGUAAACGUCGAGGGUUUUAAGGCCGGUGAGAAUAUCGCUACACCUUCAGAGUCUUGGCAGAAAGUGUCGCUAAGUCAGCCCAUCGACUGGCUCCUUCUUUGUAGUGCAACUUGGACAGCUGCGCGUUUUCAAGCGCGAGCCCCAUCAACAAAGAAUGAAAGCUUUGAAACGAGCUCAGGAGGACGACCAUCGCCCCGAGCACGACUCGGCCGUGUCGGACAGCGACGAUGGCUCCCCGCUCGACCUGUCGGGAAGGGGGCUCCUGGGGAAGCGGCGUCGCCGUGGCAACCUUCCCAAAGAGGCGGUGCAGAUCCUCCGAGGCUGGCUUUACGAGCACCGCUUCAACGCCUACCCGUCCGAGCAGGAGAAACUCAGCCUGUCGGGCCAGACCAAGCUCUCUGUGCUACAGAUAUGCAACUGGUUCAUCAACGCACGUCGCCGCCUUCUCCCUGACCUGCUACGCAAAGACGGCAAAGACCCCACCAAGUUCACCAUCUCCCGUAAGGUCACUGGUAAAACUGAGGGCCAUUCGUCUAAUGGAGGCGGAGCCAGCUCUCCGGAAAUAAAUACCUCGACUUUCUCGGCGCAGCAGCGUCCAUCGGUGAUUCGCUCCGCCCCUACUUUGGACCUGAGUCUUUUGGGGAACACCGCGACAGCUAUUCUGACGGGAGCGGGCUACCCUGGUAAGCAGGGCUCAGUCCAGGCGCUGAUGAAGCUGGACACUCGGAGCCUUCUGAGGGAGGUGGACGAACAGGGGGCUCAUGCGGCUUCUCUCAGCGGCACGACAUCGGCAGCUCCCUCCACCGGCGGCCUCUUCAAUACCCCUCCCCCGACUCCCCCCGAUCUGUACCCCGCGCAGGACUUCAGUGACCUGAGGCUCUUGGUGGACGCUGCCCUGCAGCGGGCGGCAGAGCAGGAGGGCCAGAGCAAACCCACGGACACUUUAAAAACCGAGGCGGCCCACGCAACGUGCGGCGCUUACAGCAGCGACGCAGGCACCACCCCGCCACCGGACGAACAAAUCAUGGAUCCUUCCAGAGUGCAGCGUCUGAUGGAGAAGGCCAUGGCCGUUCCAGACUCGGCUGGAACACCGGUYAAAGCUGCCGCUGCACCUCUCUCAGGCUCAAGGAUACCUCCUCUUCCAGUGAGUAAAGUCAUAUGGACCCCCUCAGUGAUGGACUCUGUUAGAUCACCCAACCCAAACCAGCCUGCGCUCGUCCCAGCUCAUCUCCCAACCAUAGUGCCACUGUCAGCCUUCGCCCUGGGGCAACCAGAUUCUCAGAGACCAGCUGUAGUUCCAGCCACCAGCCCAACCCCACACUUACAUUCAGCCUCGACCCCCGUCUCACCUCCCACAACACGUCCUGCGAGCGCAUCGGCGCCGACAGCGAGCCCGGUUUCAGAGUCGCUGGUGUUUCCGCGAGCCACAGGUCCCCGCUCGGUCUCUGAUGCGAGCCAGGGUUCAUCCUCAGCAGCUGCUGCCCUUCCUCCAGCUGCAGCCUCACAUCUGGCCUCUGCAGGAGUCCCACUUCACCUGCCGCUCCACAAAGCGCUCUCCAUCCCAGCGACGGCGCCGUUCAUAUUUCCCGCUUCGUCUUCCGUAUCGCCUGCAGUUCCAGCUCCUACCCCGGGGCGCGCCCCCGCCGCCCCGACUCCGGCCUCGUCGGCGAUCGCACCUCAUCUGGGCCUUGGCUCCCAGCUCCCUCCUUCUCUGCAGCCCUCCUCCACAGGCGGCGGCGGCGCCGCCUCUCAGAGGAAUUCAGCCGUGGUGCCCAGCGUCUGGAGCGUGGUUCACACUAACACCAGGCCGGCCAGUGCCCUGCAAGUGAUGAAGACUCCGAUUACCACUGUGUGGGGGCCGCAGCACAGCAGGCACACGUUGAGUGAACCUGUGAACUAGUCUGCGCAGCUGGGGUUUUAAAAGUCCAGGGUGGACUGUGGACAGAGACCCUGGUAAACUGGACCACGCUCUGUACGGGAGAAUGCACCUGUAGCCUGAGUCUGCACAUCAGAAAGUACACUAAUUAUAGGAUUUAGAAACAAAACCUUUAACGUUUGAUACACUGACAGUGGUGAAAGUUGUUUAUUUCAUGACAGUUUGAUGUCAUUCCAGAGUUUAAAUGGGUUGCAUUAAAAGGGUAGUCUGGAGGUUUUGUAAAAAGCUUUAGUUAUGUUGUAAAUGGAUUCUUGAUCAACCUCAGUUUGGAGAAACGGAGCAUCGUUCUGAUCAAAUCUAUGAGCUAAUGAGCAGUGGGGCAAAGACUAAAGUAGAUUACUGCCAUCUUGAAACAAUAAUCUUCGCAAUCUGCCAUAAAUUUCUGUGAUUAAAGAUGCUUAAAAGUAAAGAAUCCACAUUUAUCUUCACUUAAACUAAAUGUGACCAACAUGAAUCUGGCCAGAACUGUUUUUGUUUGUUUAUUAGGAUCAUUAGUCUCCACUAAUUAAACCUUCUCCAAACUGAGUUUGUUCAAAGCGCCGUCUACAACAGGUAAGAUGUUAAUUGUUCGCAACUUCCCAUUAAGCCCCACUUUGAAAAGAAUGAGCUUUUAAUGAACAAGAGGGCAAGUAUUUCUUGUACAAAGUUUAAAUGUGCYUAGUCGUUAGCUCAGCAGAGUUCCGUAGCAGUGCUGGACUUUAUGGAUUGUACAAAAACACCCGCUGCACAAAAACCACGCUGGCUAGUUGCUCGUCAUCCAUUCCUCCUCUGCAUACAAAGACAUUUUAUAUUUUUAUUAGAACCAGAACAAAACAACGGUUCGCUUGGUCUCCCUGGUUGUGUGGUUGAGAUUUUUACUGUUUUAAAUACGUCUCUGUCCUUGUUUUCAUGUUUCCUUUUAUUUUUUCGUUCUUAUCUUAGUAAAACUUGUCAGAAGGGAAACUGAGUGAGCUCGUCUGAAUGACUCACUUCACUCUCCCCUCAUCUCCCCCAUCGUCCUGUCUUUUUAUAGCUGAGCAGUUCUAUUUGUCGUCAUGAAUUGUCGUCUCAGUUGCUCCGUACGUGCCCUCAGCCACCAGCUCUGGUUGCCAAUUCUUUUCCACAAAGAAACUUGAAGUAUUUCCUCUUAAUAUGUCCAAAACAAAUCCCUUUGUGUCGCGCGGCUGCUACAAACAGUGUGUAAGUUGUGUUCUGCCACAGAGAGAGUCCCAGAAGUGAGUGGAAACAUUUAGCAGAACACUUUCUUUGACUGAUCCCCUUUUUUAUGUCGAUAUUUCCCUGACAUUUUGGGGCCUUUAAAGUGUUUUUCUUUUUAUAUAUCUAUAUAUAAUUGAAUGUCCCUUUUGUGAAAAAGGUUAAUUCGUGUGUGCCGGUUCUUGACAAAACAAAUGUAGCACAUUUAGGAGAUACGAUUGUUUGUUUCCACACAUUUCUCUGAUAGUUUCAGUAGAGUUUCUGAUCAUCCAUAAAGCUGUAGUUUCUGUGAAACUGUUAGGAUGAACCACAAUAUAUAUAUUGUUGACCGUAACAGUGUGUAGAGGGAAGCCGGGAAGCUUUCUUUUGAUUAAAACUGUAGUAGGUUUGUUAGACAAACUGUUUGUAGUGUCAGGUUCACCAGAGUAGCAGACUUGUUUAGUUCAAACCGUUAUGUUUUACAUGUUUAAGUUGUUGGAGGUUUUAUUAUAAUACAGACAUUUCAACAAGUCCAGGAAACUCUUCAACACUACAUCUUUGUAUGUGUGAGCCAGUAUAAAGAGAUCAAUUUAGUGUUUUUUUUUUUUUUUUUUUMUUUUGCAAAUCCCAGGUAGAAUAGCGGGCAUUAAUACAUCAUAUUACACAGGUGACAUUAAGCAUGGGUGGUGUGUUGUAGUGAGGUUUGAGUCCGUACUACAUAGAUACACUGUGAUGAUGCCUCUGUGGUUGUGAUACUGGAAAAAGCCAGCUAAUGGUUUUUAUACAGUGACGUUUGUUUCAUUUUAAACUGACUCGAGAGAGAAAGAUGUGCUGAUGUAAAUAUGUUGGCGCUGGAGAGAGACUGUAUUUUUUUUAGUUUUUUUAAUUUUUUUGUUUGUUUUGUACUAGUAAAAGCCUGGUCUCAAACUGUAGUUCCUAUUCAGCCAAACAAGUUUAGAAAGUUCAUUUUUUUCAUGUUUUGUGUUCUAAAUCAUGARUGAUUGUAGCAGUAUGGUUGGCUGCUGUGCCUUAAACCUUCAACUGAGGGAUGAUUUACCCGCUUGUUUUUCUUUUUUCUCUUUUUUAAAUAUAUAUAUAUUAAAAACUCAAUUGUUUGUGCAAUAUAUGCCUUAAACUUUAAAUGUGUUUUUGUAUGAACAUUUCAAAGAAAUAAAAGUUCUUUUUUUUCAA